UAUGGAUUAAUAAUAGGGAAUUCCUGCUGACUAAAUCAACUAAUUAGUAAAUAAGCAUUUCGAGGAUGCAUUGCCAAAAUUCAUAGAGAUACUCAAGAUUCCUAGUCAAUCAAGGAUGUUUGAUCCAGAAUACUUAACUAAUGGAUUAUUGAUGAAAACAGCAUAAGAAUUCAGAGAUUAUAUUUUAGCAUCAAAUUUAAAGAGUAUUAACUAUAUAUUAAUAAUAAUUAGAUGCCAAAGUAGAACUUUUAUCAGAUGAGGGAUAUUCUCCAUUCUUAUUUGUUGAAGUAGAUGGAUCUGAAGGUCAAACAGAUGGAACAGUAUUAUUCUAUGGUCAUAUGGAUAAAUAACCACCAUUUAAUGGCUGGAAAGAAGGAUUAAGUGCUUAUGAACCAAAAAUAGUGGAUGAUAAAUUAUAUUGUAGAGGAGGAGCAGAUGAUCAUUAUUCAAUCUUAGGAGCUGUUAUAGCAAUUAGAACAAUAUAAGAAUUAGGUUUGAAACAUCCAAGAAUUGUAAUGACAUUUGAAGCAGAUGAAGAAAGUGGAUCAGCACACAUAGAUCAUUACUUGGCAAAAUUAAAAGAAAAAAUAGGAGCUGUUGAUUUAGUUGUAUGUUUAGAUUCAGGAUGUGGUAACUAUGAAUAAUUAUGGAUUACUACAACUUUAAGAGGUAUGGUAGGGGCAUGUGUUACUGUUUAAGUCUUAGAUGAAGGAGUUCAUUCAGGUGAUGCAUCAGGUGUUGUACCAUCAUCAUUUAGAAUAUAAAGACUUCUUUUAGAUAGAAUUGAUAAUCCAAAUACAGGAGAGGUUGUUGAAGAUUUUCAAGUCAAUAUUCCAGGAGAAAGAUAUUUACAAGCUUAAAAAGCAGCUGAAGUAUUAGGUAAAACUACAUUAACCAAAUUCCCAUUCCAUGGUUCUACCUAACCAACUACUUAGGAUUAUUUCAAAGCAUAUUUGAAUAGAAUCUGGAAGGCAUAGCUCUCAGUUGUAGGAGCUGAUGGUUUACCAUCUGCUAAGACAGCUGGAAAUGUACUUAGACCUGAAACUACAUUGAAAUAUUCAUUAAGAUUACCACCAACUAAGGAUCCAAAGGAAGCAGAAGCUGCAUUUGUCAAACUUGUAAUAUUUAUUAUUUUAUAAAUCAUUAUAGUUAACCACAAAUGUUCCAUAUAAUGCCACUGUCAAAAUUACUGGAUUAGGAUCUGGUUCAGGAUUCAAUGCUCCAUCAAGUUAACCAUAUUUAGAUUAACUUAUCUAAAGUGCCUCCUAAUAAUAUUUUAAAAAGGAUGCACAAACUUUAGGUGAAGGAGGUUCUAUUCCUCUUAUGAAUACUCUUAAAGAAUAAUAUCCAAAGGCUUAAUUUAUAGUAACAGGAGUUUUGGGACCAAAUUCAAAUGCACAUGGACCAAAUGAAUUCUUGCAUAUCCCUUUCACAAAAAAUUUGAUUAGUUGCAUCACAUACAUUGUAACUGGUCUACAAGCCCAUUUAAAAAAAUGAGUU